CACAAAGCCAUUUCCUUGCAAAUGGAGUGAGACACAUAAAGCCAAAUACGUAUUCUCCAUGUAAUGAAGAGAGAGAGAGAGAGAGAGAGAGAGAGAGAGAAAAGAAAAGAAUUCAUGAGAUGGAUUGCUGAAUUCAAGAAGACAAAAGCUAAAAUCGUGUGUAAAGAUUCCAACUUUUGCUUCAUUUAGAGCCUCCAGAACAUUGGGUUUCUUAUCCAAUCACAAACUCGUCAAUUCUCAAUUCUCAUUCUCGGUUUCUGUUUCUCAAGUUCAGGGUUCUGGUGCCAAGCAGAUAACUAGUCAUGUCUUCGCCUUUUCCAGUUCUUCCUACCCCCCUUGAAGGGCAGUAUCCUAAAUUGCCAGAUUCUUUUCAGGUCUCUUCAGAAAGGGAACUGAUGCGAAACCCAAUACUACAACAAACAUCGCCAUUAUGCUCUAAUAGUGGGACCGUUGGGCACUUGUUCUCAUCAUCUAUGAGAUCUUCUAUUGAAGCUCAGGCUUCUUCACUUGCUCCACAAGGAGGGCAGUCUCAAAAUUCACCUUUUAUUUCUCAGUCAUUAAGGGACAAAGGAAGUUUGCCAGUUCUGACAACUCAUUCUUCUAAUUCUGAAGUGCAAUCAACAGCACUAAUUAAUCACUCUGAAGAAAAUAAGGAUAUGUCCUGGACUAUAGAUCCACUUCACGACUUGCUUGAUUUUCCUGAAAAUGUUGCUGUCCAGAAUGGUCAAGUGGAAAGCACUAUUGGUGUCAUUACGUCUGAGGACUUCUCUAAGAGAACGGAUUGGCAGGAAUGGGCAGAUCAGUUAAUCUCUGUUGAUGAUGAUUUGGAACCAAAUUGGAGCGAACUUCUUAAUGAUGCUAACAAUGCGGAUAGAAAACAAAAGGUGGUGAAAUCAUCUUCUCAAAUCUCUGUGCAACCCACAGUUCAUCAGCCUCAACCUGUACAUAAUGGAGAACCAUAUAGUGCUGCUAACCCAAUGUCUGCUAUACCUGCAGCGAAACAUCGAAUGCGUUGGACACCAGAACUUCAUGAAGCUUUUGUAGAAGCUGUAAAUAAGCUCGGUGGUAGUGAACGAGCUACCCCAAAGGGUGUCUUAAAGCUCAUGAAUGUUGAAGGCUUGACCAUCUACCAUGUUAAAAGCCACCUGCAAAAGUACAGAACAGCCAGAUAUAAGCCAGAGUCUGCUGAAGGAACAUCAGAGAAAAAGUUGAGUCCCAUUGAUGAAAUGAAAUCUCUAGACUUGAAAGCGAGCAUGGGGAUCACUGAAGCAUUGCGAUUGCAAAUGGAGGUUCAGAAGCGGCUCCAUGAACAGCUUGAGAUUCAGAGAAAUUUACAGUUGAGAAUUGAGGAACAGGGAAGGCAUCUUCAAAUGAUGUUUGAGCAACAAAGAAAGAUGGAGGAUGACAGGUCCAAGGCUUCUUCCUCCUCCUUGGACGAUCCUUCCCUCCCACAAUCAAAUAUAGUGCAGUCACCGGGAAAUAAUAAAUUGGAAGUCUCAGAGUUGGAUCAUGCCAGAACAGAGAUAAGCAGCGGUGGUGGUGCACUGGAAGGAAGUUCUCAAAAUGGAAGCAGAAAGCAAAAGGCACCAGAAAACAGAACUGGUGAAGAUCUUGACCCAGAAGAUGAUGAAUCUGGUCCAGCAUCAGCAAAGCGGCCAAGAGCAGAUGAAAUAGCAGCAUAAUCAACCCCCUGAAUUGGAUUGAUCUUCUUAUGCAAUUGACAUUUUGGUGCCCCGGAAAUGAUGCAGGAAGCCUGGAAAAUAGAUGAUAGGUUACAUUGCCUUAUGAUAGGGCAAAAUCAUUGACAGGAACAAGUCAAUUUUGGAAUUCAAUAUCUUGUCUUUAAUUUGUCUAGCUAAGUAACAAGAUGUCCAAAAUGAAUUUCCUGACCUGUGACCUUUCCAAUCUAGGGUUGAAUUCGCAUUAGAAACCUGGGUUUAGAAGAUGAACUGCUUGUAUAUGCUUGUGCAAUGUUAACAAUCAGAAACAUUUCAAUAAAAUUAUGUUUCACGAAA